UUGUUUUGCAAGAAAAUGGGGCCUAUGAUUGUCAAUCUUUCUAGUGUUUUGUGUUUGUAUUUUUUAUGUAUUUCAGGUACUUUUCUUGUGGGGAUUAAUUGUCAAGGUAAUGGUUGGAUUAAUGCUCAUGCUACAUUCUAUGGUGCCAAUCAGAAUCCCACUACUCUUGGAGGAGCUUGCGGCUAUGAUAAUACAUUUCAUGCUGGUUUUGGAGUGCACACAACAGCUUUGAGUGGUGCACUGUUUAGAAAUGGAGAGGCAUGUGGUGCUUGCUACCAAGUAAUGUGCGACUAUAAAGCUGACCCUAAGUGGUGUCUCCGGGGUGGUAUUGUGACUAUUACGGCCACCAAUUUCUGCCCGUCGAACAACAACGGAGGGUGGUGUAAUCCUCCUCGACAUCACUUCGACAUGUCGAUGCCUGCUUUUCUACGAAUUGCAAGACGAGGCAAUGAAGGCAUAGUUCCUGUUCUUUAUACAAGGGUGGCUUGCAAAAGGAGAGGAGGAGUUCAUUUCACAAUAAGAGGACAAUCAAAUUUCAAUUUGAUAAUGAUUUCGAACGUUGGAGGCAGUGGCGAUAUUAAGUCUGCAUGGCUCAGAGGGUCUAGAACCAGAACAUGGCUACCCAUGCACAGAAACUGGGGUGCAAACUGGCAAAGUAAUGUCGACCUUCGACGCCAAACGCUGUCGUUUAAGCUCACUUUGGUUGAUGGAAAGACGCACCAAUUUUUCAAUGUCGUCCCUUCAACUUGGAGCUCUGGACAGACAUUUUCUUCUCGAAAUCAAUUCUCUUGAUUCAUUUUAAGGGAAGGAGAGAAUUAAUGACUGCUCUGACGUGUCCUGGAACUAUCAUUUUUUUGCAUGUUCGAGGACAUAUAGCUAAUUAACACAUUUUUAUAUGUUAAAUUUGAUUAAGGUUGUUUUUGUUUUGUGAUUUAUGUAAGCAUAUAGUAGUACCAAAAUUAGGUGCUAUGUCCUACCAUAUGUUUUUUUUUUUUAAAUUAUUUGCAAUUAAUGUGGAA